CAAAUCUCGUCAUAAAAUUCAAGAUGUUUCGAAGAAAUAUCUACGUUAUGCGUUUACUUUUUUUGCUACUUUCUGUGGCAGUAUACGGCGCUCAGGCAACAGGAGAUGAAAACUUAGGAAAUACUCAGAGUGGUGUAGGAACUAAUGCAAAAGAGGGUGCCCGUGAAGCUUCUGCCAGUGACAAUUGGAUCACGAAUCUGUCAUGGAACCUUCUUGGCUAUGCGACAAUAAUCAUACCCGGAGCCUUCAUUAUUCGCAUGCUCAAGAACUCGAACUUCAACGAAAGAAGCGGUAAGUCUAAAGGAUUAUGCAUACGUGUACUGAUUGUAAAUUUUGCAGUAUAGAGAUGUCAGCCCACAGUUUCGUAGAGCUUUAGGUGGUAGCUGGUGACUGUGUCUGACGUUAAUAGUCGUGUAGAUGUACUUCCCUCUUAUGUGCGGAAAGUAGCAAGUAUUUGUCCAAAAACAUAGCUUCCUUAUAUUAUAAACAGGUUUUAAAACAUAUCUACGGGCCACCUGAGUCUCUUGAGAAUAGUGAUCAUUGAAUGAACAAUUUUGACUGUAUUAAUUUUCCAUAAUAAUAGUAUCAGUUGUAGUAAAGCGUUGCCCAUUUAUCCAUUUACGAUUAUUUUCAAGGGUGCAAAUUAUGUCUUCAGUAAGUUUUUCUGGUUUGGCAAAAAAUGACAGUCAACUUUUUAGUUUAAUUGGGGGGAAGGCACAUUGAGGCAAUACAAAUGGGGCACAGAAGUUUGUGCAUGACUGGCCAAGGGUUUAUCUCCUGAAUUUUCUUCUUGAGGUCUGCUAGUGAACCAAGACCAUUUUUGCAAAAGAUUGGGGAAGUCCCAGUAAACCCAAUCAAAUAGUAAAAGUGCAGUGACUGAAGUUUCAGUGGAAAUGAUAAUAGCUUAUUAAAAUGUUUGUUUGAAUUUCCUAAAAGGUUAAUGAAACAAAUGCCAUUAUGUAAGAGUGGUUGCUGUGGAGACUACUUGAGUUAUUGUUAUAUAAGCACAGACCAUGUGGUAUAACCCUUUACACCCUAACAUUAGUAUACAUAUUCCCCAUACUUUCUCCAUACAUUUCCCAAGUUGCUGAUUGGGAGAAUUUGUGAAACAAUCUAGACCGUUUUUAGUUGGUGAUCAUUGCCUUCAUUCCCUCAACCUUACAUUUUGAUUCAGGGGUGAUAUUGUAAGGAGAAAUUAGAUGCUAGUCACUUUUAGGGUCAAAGGGUUGAGGGCAACUUUCAAAGAAUAAUCGCUGGGAUCAUAGUUAUAUAAGCAGACUGCUAGUCAAGGGAAAACUUUAAGGAUGAACAGUUUCAUGAAGUAUAUGAAUUUAGUUGACGGCACUGCAUGACUGUAAAAUUCCUCUUCAAGUAAUACAGAGAUACAUGCCUCGCAUAACGAGUAAAAUAUAAAUAAAUCCUAUUUUUCCCUUUUUUUUUUUUUUUUUUUUUUUUUUUUGGGAUGGGAUCAUAUAUAAUUAUCCAACAGUAAAAUGAAUGUUUUAAACUGAGCUGGUCAUUCAGUGGUCUCCUUUUCAGAUAUUAAUCAGUUAAAUUUACUGCUUUUAGUAACUAUUAUUACCACCUGAAAAUUGUGCAGAAUUCUUGAAAUUUCAAUAAACAAAAAGGAUUGCUCCACCAGUUUGAAUAAUUCUUUUACCUUUCAUGCAUAAAAUAAGGGAGAACACUGGUCAUUAUGUGAGUCUGUAACAUGCCCAUGGGGGCUAUGUAUGUGCCUAUUCUAGGGAUAGUUAUUUUUUCUCAACUGAGAUAUUUAUGGUUGUCUGUUUUAUUGCUUACAGGUACAGGUUGCCUCUUCCGUUCUGUUCAGCUUUGUGUGUUUGGCACACCACCAGAGACCCCAAGCGUUGAGAAUGGUGGCAUUAAACCUGAAGAGGAUCCUCCUUUGCCAGGUUUUUCUCAGACAACUAUCAAGCUUCUCUUUUGUGCUGCUGGUCUUCAAGUAUCUUAUCUCACAUGGGGAGUCUUACAAGAACGAAUCAUGACAAGAAGUUAUGAAGAACGUAGGGCAGAUGGGACUGUAGAACUUGUGAAAUUCCAAAACUCUCAAUUCCUUGUAUUCAUUAACCGCAUCCUGGCUUUGACAGUAGCCCUUAUUUAUAUAAUAUUCACCCGGCAACCACGUCACACUGCUCCGCUGUACAAGUAUUCAUACUCUUCCUUUUCAAAUAUAAUGAGCAGCUGGUGUCAGUAUGAGGCAUUGAAAUUUGUCAGUUUUCCAACGCAAGUCUUAUGUAAAGCAUCAAAAAUAAUCCCUGUUAUGAUCAUGGGGAAAAUAGUAUCAAAGAAAACAUAUCCAUACUAUGAAUAUGUUGUUGCAGUUCUCCUUUCUGGUGGGGUUAGCCUCUUUCUCUUGGCAGCUGAUCCAUCAGGAAAGCGAACUGCAGCAGCUACAACUUUUUCAGGUGCUGUUAUUCUCUUGGGUUAUAUGGCAUUUGACAGCUUCACUUCCAAUUGGCAGUCAGAGCUGUUCACCCAACACAAAAUGUCCUCCAUGCAGAUGAUGUUAGGAACUAAUCUCUUUUCCAGUCUGUUCACAAUGUGGUCAAUGAUUGAAGGUGGAAGCUUCUUGUCCUCAGUUUGGUUUGCACUAAGCCACCCUGAGUUUGCAUUCCAUGCUGUAUUGUUGUCUCUCAUGUCAGCAACAGGACAGCUGUUUAUUUUUUACACCAUUCAAUCAUUUGGUCCAAUUGUCUUCACCAUUAUCAUGACCACACGGAUGAUGCUGAGCAUACUUCUGUCGUGUAUCCUGUAUAACCACCCUCUGUCAGCUCAAGCAAUGUUUGGUGUUAUUAUUGUAUUUGUGGCUCUCUUUCUGAGGGUUUAUGCUAGGUAUCGUGCAAAAUCUUCCAGUAAGUCCUAACUUCAUUAGUUAAAAUGGGCUGGGUAAGCAGAAAGCUGGUAAUGAAAAUUUUGGAAAGCAUCCUUCAAUUCUCUCUUUUGAUGAAAAGAAGAUGAAUCUGCCACUGGCAAUAUUUUUCAUGUACACACAUACAUACACUCUUAUUUAACCCUUAAACUGCCAUGAGUGACCAAGACAGGAUUUCUUCUUAAAAUAUUAAUACAUUAUCAACAAGAUAAGUGAAUAGAAUAAAGAAAAAUAUCAGUUUGGGGAUAAUUAGUUAAUCCAAUACCAAAUUCUCUGAACUAACAUCAUUAGAAUUGUAUGGUUGACAGUAAGGAGAAUGACAAUUUUGAUCUGGGAGUUAAAGAGUUAAGAAUACCAGGAGCAUUGCUUUUGUGAAAGCUUGCUAAGUGCACCCCCCUCCCAUAGAAAAAGAUAAAAUAAAAAAUUCAGUUUAGUGCUCCUUCAUCUGUAACAAGCAGUUAUCCUAUUGAACACUAUGCACACCAAAGCUUAAACAUGUUGUUUUUGUUUAACAUGGUUUAAAAUUGUUUUCUUCAUUGCAAUAUAUUUUCUUCAUUGAAGCCACUUGAACCAAGUUUGUUGACUUCAAAUUUAGUACUUUAUAAAUACAUUUCGGUGAUUACUUAAUACCUAAUAAACCUGAAUUUUUCUUGGAUGAAAAAUUCAGGUUUUCUGUUUGUUUUUGAUUUUCAUUCAGUUAUACACAGUUUGACAAAACAUGUUUUUCUGGUGUGAAUGGGACCCUUGUAUUUAUUAAACUGUUCAAUCUUCCUUAUUUUUGAGUGGAGAAAAGUUUCAUUAUUACAGUGAUUACAAAUUAUAAAAGUUGAGUUUACUGUGAUACCCAAUCACUUAGUGAUCUCACUGUUCCACUAGUAUAAUGUGUUAAGUAAUAAAAUGAGUUGAAAAUUCUCAUAAGAUAAAGAUGUUUCAUUUUAAAUCACUACUAUUAUAUACAGCUUUUUUCAAGUUUAAAAGUAUGCUUCUCUAUUCAGUUUUAGAGUUGGCAUGUAGUUUUUUAUUUGUUAUUAUUCAUUAAAAUGUGUAACACUAUUUUUAGACCAAGCUUAGGUGGUUUCAUACUUUAGUAAAUAAUUCAAUUCGGGUUAAAUAUCUAGGGAAAAGUUCUUGUGAAUUAUGGAGUAGAAAGGUUGUUGGGUAAUUCAGCUUCUCCUUUAAAAAAAGGCGAUCUGGCCAGCUUUAUUAUGAAGUAUGUCUUUACUCAUGAUUGUGACUUAGUAAAUCAACAGAAACUAUUAUUAACUGUCCUUAAUGUGAAGUCUCUAAUGACUAAUUCUCUCUGGUAAGCUUUCAUUCUGAGCUUCAGGUUUUCAUUAAAGCCUCUUGAGAUCUCUAUAUCUCUAAAAUUUAUGAUGUCAUUCUUUCCUUAACUAAAGCUUUGCAGGUG